CUAUAACAUCAGUUUAAAGUCAACCACAAGAUCAAUAACCACAUAAUCAAGUUUCUUAGAGAAUUUUUUUUUUAAAUUAAGCGUUUUUAAAAAAUUUUUUUCUUAUUUUUUUUCUUAUAGUUUAGAAAUUUUGAUUUUCGAAAACUUUACUAUAAUCAAGAUUUUAAAUCAAUUAUAGUGACUAAAUUGUUUUUUAUUUAAGAAAAAAUUAGUUUUGUUUGCUUUAUAUAGUGAAAAAGAGGAAAAGACUACAGUUUUUUUUUAAUGUGCAAAAUGGUGAAACUUAUUCUGGGUUUAUUUUUAAUUAUAUGCUAUGUUGCAGUCAAUGGGAGCGAUUUUACCUUCCCUGGUAAUGCACCAUCAAGAUUUGUACGACAAGCUAGAUAUUAUAAUAGACCAUUUGGAUACUCGUCGCCUUACUAUUCAAAUGCGAAUGCUAAUGCAAAUGCAAAUUCUCAAUUCUACAAUAAUGGAAAUGGAUUUAGCGGUGGAAGUUCUAUUGCCAAUGCUGCAUCAAGCAAUGGAAAUUCAGCAAGCUCUGCGAGUGCGGGUACAGCAAUUUCUUUCGUAAAUGGAAUUCCAUAUGUAAGUGCUGGAGCGGCAGCAGCAGCUGCUUCUGCUGGCUUUGGAGGAUCAUCUUCCGCCUCUUCUUCUGCUUCUUCCUCUUCUUUCAAUGGGAACAAUUUUGGUUAUGGAGGCAGAGGAGGUUAUAAUGGUUAUGGAGGCAGAGGAGGUUAUAGAGGUUAUGGAGGAUAUGGAGGUUAUGGAGGUCCUAAUUUGUUUUUUAGUAGAGUUGGGGAUGAUGAUGAUAGCAAUAAUGAAACUAAUACUGAAACAACUGAAUUUGCUGAAAAUAUUGAAACUACAGUAACUACUCUAACUGAUAAUGAAUAAAGUGAAUUUAAUAAAAGUUUAUUUUUUGUAAAAAAAU